CUUUUUUUGGUUUCAUGUUCAAGAGUAAAAGUUUUUGUAGAACCAUGAAAUAUUCUAAGUAUAUUUUGAAUUAAUUCAGACCAGAGAGUUUUUCUUUACCUCCUUCAACCAUCUUGACUCGUUAGAAGAGAAUAGUACGCCAUCAGCAAACAAUCACAAGAUGGCAUCGAUCCAUUCGAUAAAUAUCAUCACAUUUCUCACAAGAAAAAAUACACUACGAAAUAAAAUUCUUAACAAACACAGAUUUAGUAAGAAACCGACUUUUAUUUCAAAUCAUUUGAACAAUUCAAUAAAGUAGAACGAGUCACAAACAUAAAGAAGACUAUCAUCUAAAUUAAAGAUGUUAAAACAGUGGCAAUUUACAAAAAGAAAACAUAACUCACUCUCACGGAAACGUGGAAGCUUCGGGUACUCCCAACUCACCUACAUGAUUCCUGACCAAGUGGACCCACUGUCGUUCUUGACUGAAAAGGCACUCGAGUUCGCAAAACGUUACUUGAAAAAGAACGAGCCGUUCACUUACAAAGAGCUGCCGAUUCUGAAAGUGCGGGGUGAUGACAUCAACCUUCAGGUCAGAAUCAAGGAUCUGUCAGUCGCGAGCGGGGCUACCUUCCGCACAGACGACAUCAUCACCGACCCGGAAAGGAUGUCGAUCCGCUUCAGAAUCAUCUUUCCUCAGAUCAUCAUAGCGGGUCGUUAUUCGGUCAGCGGAAAAGAAGAAGGAAAGAAGGUCUCCUCUAAAGGCCAAUUCAGGAUUGGACUUUAUAAUUCGAAGGUAACCGGGCGCCUCAGCUUGCUUAUAAUCGAGGGGAAAAUAUACAUCAAGCGAUUUGACAUGGACUAUUUCAUCAAUAACAACUUAAAGUUUAGGUGGAACAGUUAAGCAUAGAUAGCAAGGGGAUGACGGAAGACGAUCUUUUCGAACUGCUACCCCAUGUCAUGUUCCUUUAUCUCGAAGAAAAUGAAAAACUCAUAUGCUUCAUAAUUAGCAUCGAACUUACAGAAUAUGCAAACGUUCGGCUGGCCAAGCUUUCUGUUAAAAACGCUGUGAAAUGGCUCACAGAAGAAGUUUAAAUUACAAUUAAACGCAAAAUAACAACAUUUGUAGUUUAGUCUUCUCCUAUCAUUUUGGCCCGCCUAUUCUCGCUGUUUCGGUCUGUCAAACAUUUUUUAGCUCCUCAUCAUCUUCUGAAAAAGGGGAAAAACAGUUUGAUACAACAGUCUAAUACAACAAAAAUA